AUGGAACCCCAAUGGAGAGCAGAGAUCGAAAUGGCAAUGGCUUCGCGCCUUGUCGCGGAGAAGAAAAGAAUCUGUAGCUUUCAAACCCUAAUAGUUUCCUACUCAAUCUCUGCAACACCUUCCUCUCCAUUUCGAAACUUUGAGAGUACGAAUUCUCUGCAUAACCCCGUUGAACCCUAUCGUCUUUCUUUCUGCUCGUCGUUCUCGACCUCAUUCUUAAGUACAAAGACGAAGAAGAAGAAACGGAAAAAGAAAGAGAGCGCAAGAACAAAAUUCGUCCAACACGAAUCCACUCGCAUCCAACACUUCGAAGAACUCGUCCAACGAGACGCCUUCUUUCGAUUCCUCACCAGAAGCAAAGAGUUCCUCUCCAAGCAGCCCGAACACGUCCUCCGCCUCGAUGACGCGGGCAAGCUCUACCGUGAACUAGGGUUCCCUCGGGGCCGCAAGGUCACCCGGUCGAUCGAACGCCAUCCCUUGAUCUUCCAGACUUAUCGCCACACAGACGGCAAAAUGUGGUUUGGUUUCACUGAUUUGAUGGAAGAUCUGCUCGAGGAGGAGAAGUCCAUUAUGGAUCAAAUGGAGGAAGAUAGGGUUACUAGAGUCCUUAAGCUUCUCAUGAUGUCGGCGAAGAAACGAAUUCCGCUGAGUAAGAUUUAUCAUUGUCGACUUUUAUUUGGGAUUCCUGAAGAUUUUAGAGACCGUGUUUCGAAGUAUCCAGAUUAUUUCAGAAUUGUUGUUGAGACUGAUGGGAAGCGGAUACUUGAACUUGUGAAUUGGGAUCCUGCGUUAGCUGUGAGUGCUCUCGAGAGGGAUUUUAUCUUAGACGAGGAUCGAGUUAAGAAAGCAUUCAAAUUUCCUCUGAGUCAUGCCAAAUCCUUGGACCUCGAUGAGGAUGAUACGAGGAAGCUGAACUUGGUGACCACGCUUCCGCUGGUUUCUCCCUACUCGGACGCUUCGGAGUUAAAGAUUUGGUCUCUGGAAGCGGAGAAGUAUCGGGUUGGGGUUUUACAUGAGUUCUUGAGCUUGACAUUGGAAAAGAGGGCGUCAAUACAUCAUAUUGUGGAAUUUAAGGAGGAAUUCAGUCUCACGAAGCACACUUACCAAAUGCUUCAGAAACAGCCCAGACCGUUCUAUCUGGCUGGGACCGAAAUGAACUGGGCUGUAUUCCUGAGAGAUGCCUAUAGGCAAGAAGGGGUUUUGAUCGAGAAGGAUCCGCAGGUGCUCUUCAAUGAGAAGCUUUAUCGUUCUGCUCAAAGCCUUAAAUGAGAGAGAGAGAGAGAGA